CCAAAUAGCAAGUCCAAUUUUCCAGGGAUGCAGAUUUAUAGGAGUUGAAUGCUUCUUCUUAAUUCUUUGUUCAUCCCCAAUUUUCAAUUUGAUUUGGGAAUCUUCUUCUGCAGCAUCAAUGGCUUCCCUCAUUCGAGUGGUUCGAAAGAAAAUCAGUAGUAGCUGUUGUUCAUCUUCAUGGGCGGUUGCGAGAACACUGAGAGUGAGGAACGGUACCUUGGGUUUCGCCAGCAGAGGUUACGCAGAAGUAGCAGCGGUUAAAUCUCCAUUUGAAUCCAACAUUUUACGAGUUCUCCGGAACGAGAUCGAGUACCAGGCCGAGUACGCUCCUCCACACCAGCCUGAGACGAAAUUCAAUUCGUAUACGGUUGAAGAGCGACCUGGAGAGCAGGUGAUUACAUUGAAGGGGAGGUUUGGGGACAGGGAAGAUAUCAAAAUCGAAGCUACUAUGUUUGAUGGGUAUGAGCACAUUACGGUGCCUGGAGAUGACAGUUCUGGGGCAGAUGUGCGACUUCACCUCAGUCUACUGGUGGAUAUAUCCAAGGGGGAAGGUGGCAGUGAAUUGGAAUUUGUCUGCUCAGCAUGGCCAGAUUGUUUAGAUGUUGAGAAAGUUUACAUAUUAAGGCGUGGUCAUAUGCCAACUAGGCCUUUCCUGGGACCUAAUUUCAGGGACCUGAAUCCUAAGGUUCAGGAAAAGUUUCGUGAGUACUUGGACACAAGGGGAGUAAAUGAUGAACUAGCUGCUUUCUUACAUGAUUAUAUGCUGAACAAGGAUAGAAUUGAGCUUCUACGGUGGAUGGAUAGCCUCAAGUCUUUUGUGGAAAAAUAGAGUUGGUUGAGAUGUGGUAGUAAGGUAAAUGCCCUGUGAAUUGAUGCCACAGACUAUACCUGUAGAACUUUCGUUUGACUUGAUUUUCUGAGUAAGGGUAAGACCUAGUUAGCUAAAUAACUCGUAUCCUUGCGAGCUAUAUAACUAGUUUGUCUAUUUUGUGAUGCCCUUGCAUUUAUCUUCCGUGAUUAGGAGUGAGCACGGAUUGGAUUUUCUUAAAAAGCAAACUAAAAUCACUGUUAUGGUUAUGUUGUGCGAUUUAAAUUCUUUUUAAUUUCCCAAACCAGUUCAAUUUUUUCAGAACCGGUUCUGGCUGUUACCAAUAAUAUGGGGUGUGACUGUAGCUGUUGGUCGUCCAUCAGUGUCAGAACACAGCCUAAACAGCAGAACGAAGAAGCACCAGUUGGUGGCAUGAUGGAUUUACUGCUGAUUGUAGAGCUACAGCUUGUAAUCUAUAUGACUUGGACUUCAUGUGGAUCUUUGUUUGGAUCAGCCAAAUUGCUUGAUUCAUAAAAAAUGAAUUUGAUCAGUUUUAUGAAUAA